AUGGUGUAUGCUUCACUCUCCUUUCCAUUGUCGCCCCCUUUCACUCUCAAAAACACAAAAUGGUUUUCACCUUCCUAUUUUUCAGAAUUUCCCAACAAAUUCAAUUUCAGACCUUCCCCAACUAUUCUAUCUUAUUGCUUUCAGGAAAGAAGCAUUGGUGCGGUGAACACUGCAUCCAUCACAAACAACCCCGGUGAAUGCAGCAAUUCACCAGACCUCCCACAGAGAGAUCUACCUCCUCUAGUGAGUGCAUUGAAAGCCUCAGCUGUACAAAAUGCAGCUUCUUUUCACUUUCCUGGACAUAACAGAGGCCGUGCCGCUCCUGCAUCGUUGACUCAACUCAUUGGAAUAAGACCAUAUCUUCAUGAUUUGCCCGAGCUUCCAGAACUUGAUAACCUCUUUUGUCCUCAAGGCCCUAUAUUAGAAGCACAAAAGGAAGCAGCCAAACUGUUUGGAUCAUCACAGACAUGGUUUCUUGUUGGAGGUACUACUUGUGGGAUCCAGGCAGCAAUUAUGGCAACCUGUUCACCUGGAGAUUAUCUCAUUCUUCCCAGAAACUGUCAUUUAUCAGCUAUAUCUAGCAUGGUAUUAUCUGGUGCAGUGCCAAAGUACAUUGUUCCUGACUAUAAAAAUGAUUGGGAUAUCCCUGGUGGCAUCACUCCAUUACAGGUAUUGAAUGCUAUCAAGGAACUAGAACUGGAAGGAAAAAAACUAGGAGCUGUUUUCAUCACUUCACCUACUUAUCAUGGUAUUUGCAGUAACUUGAGAGAAAUAUCUGAGUUGUGUCAUUCUCGGAAAAUUCCUUUAAUUGUUGAUGAAGCUCAUGGUGCACAUCUUGGAUUUAAUUCUGAAAUGCCUAGGUCAGCCCUCCAGCAAGGUGCUGAUCUAGCUGUACAAUCUACUCACAAGGUUCUUUCCUCUCUUACUCAGUCAUCUAUGCUGCACAUGUCCGGGGAUAUCAUAGAUAAGGACAAAAUAUCUAGGUGUCUCCAAACUCUCCAAACCACAAGUCCUAGUUACCUGCUUUUGGCAUCCCUAGAUGCUGCUAGAGCUCAACUUAGUGAAAGCCCUGAUAUUCUAUUCAACAAAACAAUUGAAUUAGCAAAUGAAGCAAAAUGCUCGUUAAAACGAAUCCCUGGCAUCUCAGUGCUUGAGAAUUCAAGCUUUCCUAACUUUCCUGCAGUUGAUCCAUUGAGGCUUACUGUAGGUUUUUGGGAGCUUGGUUUAUCAGGUUACGAAGCAGAUGAAAUCUUAUACAAGGAUUUCGGGAUCGUCUGUGAACUCGUUGGGAGUAAGUCUAUCACUUGUGCCCUUAAUCUUGGAACUUGUAGGGAACACGUCCAGAGGCUUUUAUCAGGAAUAAAGCAUCUAGCUUCAACAUGUUCUUCCUUUCAGCAACCUAAAAACAGACUGCUUACUGAGCAUGCACCCUUUGAUGAUACAAUCAUGAAGUUGAUUCCUAGAGAUGCAUUUUUCGCAAGUAAAAGAAAAGUAACAGUCAAGGAGAGUCUUGGUAAGGUUUCAGGUGAGCUUAUAUGUCCAUACCCUCCAGGCAUACCGGUAUUGAUCCCUGGUGAGGUUAUUACAGAGAGAGCUGUCGAAUAUCUACUCCAUGUAAGAAGUAAAGGUGCUGAUAUUAGUGGAGCAUCUGAUCCCUUACUUUCUUCUAUACUUGUCUGCGAUGUACAGUAA